AUGGACCCAGCGACUUAUAAUGAAGAUGCGUAUUGUAUGGAAUUGCUACAAAAGAUGCGUACAAGUGAAACAAUUGUGUAUGAGGCUAUUUUUGCACCAGAAAGAUAUAUAAUCAGCAAAGGACCUGUGCUCGUAGCAGCGACAAACUCUGGGAUGAUACACGUUUAUCAACUUAGUCCAUAUAUGACAUCGGUAUACUGGGAUCAAGUCAAGUGUGGCGAAAAAACGGCAUUUCCAGGUCCAAAUCUUUCCUUCCAGGCGCAUCCGACUCAGAUUUACUCACUCCGUUUUGCUGGGAAUGAGAUAAACCCAUUAUUAAUCAGUGGAGGUGAUCAAGACUUUCGAGUAUGGAAGUGGCGAGAUAUUUUAUCGGCUGUGGAAAAUCCCGCACAGACUCAAAAGCUAGAGCCUGUGCAUAUUGAUCACUUGAAGCGGUGUACAUUUGGGUUUAGAGAGGCUCUGCUCCCAGUUACAGAGAUUAAUGAUGUUGCAGUGAGCAAAAAUACUGGACAUUUGUUUUUAGCGGGUGGAGAUAGUGUAGCACACGAGUGGGAUGUCAGUACACAGCAGUUUACGCGACAGUUUGAGGGCCAUGAUGAUUAUUUGCAUGCUGUCCGAUAUCUGCAGCACCCGCAGGAGCUUGUGACGGGUUCUGAAGAUGGUACACUUGGCAUAUGGGAUCGGCGUCAAGACAAAAAGGUUGAGUUCUUGCGUCCUCGGCGAGUUACACAGUCGCCGACUUUGUUGUCGGCGCCAUUGCCAUCGUUGUGGAUUGGUGCUGUUGCGCACGAUGAUUCCGAAAUCUGGUUAGCAUGCGGCGGCGGUACGAAGCGGUCUCCUGGUAGCCGGUUUCAUCGAAUGCCAGCAACCGGUGGCUUCUUGAGUAUGUGGCAUCUACCUUCGCGCGUGCCUGUGCAUUAUACCGGGACGACAAGCGAUGUGCAAGACGUUGUAUUUCAUCACAUGGACUUACUUAGUGUGGGAAAUGAUGCCAGUCUGAAAAAGUGGAACCGAACCUCUGGUCAACUGCUUGCAACUGCAAGAUCGACAUUGCCGUCCUGCCACUUUUGUGUGGUUGACAGUGCGACGGAUGUAGUUGCUGUUGGCGGCGCUGCACCUGCUAUAGAUAUUUACACCAUGCCCGGUGUCGUUAGUUAUUCAUUGGUUGUUGUGGACGAAUCGAGCCCUCGAGGUUUGAAGUGA